AUGCCGCGCUCCAGCCGCAGCAGCGACUCGCCCGCCGCACCCAGAGCCAGCGUGCCCGGCAGCAGCCGCGCCAGCAGCGCAAAGGGCAGUGCGCAGCCGCAGGCAAAGGCCGCACCCGUCGCACUGGCGCUGAGCGACGACGACGAGGCCAGCGACGAGGCCGGCGCCUCGGACGGCGGCGAGAGUGCAGAGGAGCCCGAGUACGAGAUCGAGAAGAUCCUCGGCCACCGACACCACCGCGACUCGUCCGGUCUCACGUACAAGAUCCGCUGGAAGGGAUACGAGGCGAGCGACGACACGUGGGAGCCCGAGAGUCAUGUCCAGUCCACGGCGUCGGAGCUCACGCGCAAGUACUGGGCACGUGUGAAGAAGCGUGCCGACCCGAGGGAUGCGAAGGUGCUGAAGCACGUCGCCGGCCUGCGCGCCGCAGAGAAGAAGCGCCCGCGUCCGCACAGCAAGUCGCCUCCGCCGGCCGCAGCGGAGGACGACGAGGAGGCCACGUCGCCGCGCGCUGCCAAGAAGGCACGUGGCAGCGACGAGGCGGCGCCUGCUGAGAGUGCGGACGAGGAUGAUGAGGAUGGCGAGGCGGAGGCAGAGAAGCGCAGGGCAGAGGCGGCCAGCCGCAAGAAGUACGACAAGCUCGACAACUGGGAGAACGAGUGCAAUGUGGAGACGCUCGAGCGCUCGGAGGACGGCGAGCUGUCGGCGUACAUCCGGUUCAAAGAUGGCGCGGAGCUCUCGUACCCGGCCAGCGUCGCAUACAAGAAGUGCCCGCAGAGGACGCUCAAGUUCUACGAGCGCCACCUGCACUUCCGCCGUGCGCACAACGACAGCUGA